AUGGGUGCUUGGUUAUUUAUCCUUGCUGUUGUUGUUAACUGUAUCAAUUUGUUCGGCCAAGUGCAUUUCACAAUAUUAUACGCUGAUUUAGAGGCCGAUUACAUUAAUCCAAUUGAAUUAUGUUCUAAAGUCAACAAGUUGAUUACACCUGAAGCCGCCCUACAUGGUGCCUUGUCACUAUUGUUUCUCUUGAACGGUUAUUGGUUCGUAUUUUUGGUGAAUCUACCAGUGUUAGCUUACAAUUUGAACAAAAUCUAUAAUAAGAUCCAACUUUUGGAUGCCACCGAAAUAUUUAGAACUUUGGGUAAGCAUAAAAGAGAAAGUUUCCUGAAGCUGGGGUUCCACCUAUUGAUGUUCUUCUUUUAUUUAUACAGAAUGAUUAUGGCUUUGAUUGCCGAAAGUGGUGAUGACUUUUAA